GCACGGGCUACGCAAUAAUAAUGAUAUGGUCAUCCUCUUAAAAUUUGGAGCACGUGAAAUUCGACCCAAGAACCCUGUGGCUGCCAAAAGUUCAGAACCCAAAGGUGUGACAUGGAUUUCUCUAUCGAUGAAUUACCGGCUGUUAAAGCCCUAGGCCCGCUGUUUAAGUUGACAGAAGUUCACUUAUGGGACCCUGACUCAAAUGAAGCGCGAGAAUCAUCUUAUUUGCAAGAAUCUCAUAAACUUAUUGACGGAGAAAAGGAUUAUGGAAAUGGCAGCCUAGCGAGAUUCAAUGGCAAGUUCUUUGUUCUAUUGCUAGAUGCUCUUGUUUUAUUACCUUUUAAGCCACUUCAUUUAGGAUACUUAGCCAUUCAUCUGAGACACACAGUCACUUGUGGGAAAAGGAAAAGCACAAGAAAGAAAAACCAGCAAAGUCAUAUUGAGUUCGACGGCGACAUGGAAAAUUCUCUGAAGCCAAAGGAUGAGGAGAAAAAUAGUUUUUGGGCUAGCAUAAAUGAUACCUCCAAUAUGCUUAACAACAAUGAAAUAUCAAAUAAUGGUAUAGUGGCUGAAAUUGUUUCUGACAUAUGUGGGUUAUCUAACCUCUCUCUUGAAAAUGGGGGCUUGGUUAGUUCCAGCACAUGCACAAUGAGCACCCUCAGCAAUGGACACGAGUACUUUGGUGAAGUUUCUUGCCUUGAAUUUGAUCAUGGUGGAACAUCAGAAGGAAGCUGCUUAAUAAACAAAGCUGCUGAUUGCGACUUGAAGGAAUUAAACGGAGAAUCAGGUCCCCUUUUGGAUCUAGAUCAUGAAACUGUGGGGCAAGCUAAUAAUAUCAAUGAAUCUUCUAAAUCCGUAGAAUGGGUAGCGUAUUGGGAUGAUUUUUACAAGAGUACCUACUUUCAUAACGCCGGAACUGGAGAGUCAACGUGGGACCCUCCUUUAGGAAUGGAACAUCUUGUUCAAGGGCUUGUUGAUGCAGUCAAUGACGAAGCUCAAGCUUCUUGUGAUUUGUCAAAUAUGGUUGAAGGGCUUUCUCCUGAUAAUUUUUUUAGCAUGUGCACAGUGAAGAGGAAAAAGAAAAUCAGGAGAACAAAACCGAGCAAGAAAUUAUCUGUUUCGAGCGAAGAUAUUCAAGAAGUCUGGGAAGAAGUUCCUCCUAUUAUAAGCAAGUACUGGUGCCAAAGGUACACAUUGUUCUCGAGAUUUGAUUAUGGGAUUAAGAUGGACCAGGAAGGAUGGUUUUCUGUGACCCCAGAGCUGUUGGCCAAACAUCACGCACUCCGUUGUGGUAAUGGUGCAAUAGUUGAUUUUUUCACGGGAGUUGGUGGCAAUGCCAUUCAGUUUGCUCAACGGAGUAAAAAUGUGGUCGCAAUUGAUAUUGACCCAAAUAAAAUUGACUAUGCACGGUAUAAUGCAGCCAUAUACGGAGUGGAUGGCAACAUAGAUUUCAUUAAGGGCGACUCUUUUUCAUUGGCCCCUAAAUUAAAGGCAAAUACUGUCUUUAUGUCUCCGCCAUGGGGAGGUCCCAAUUAUUCAAAAGUGAAGAAAUUUGAUAUAAACACUAUGCUUAAGCCACGAGAUGGGCAGUUUCUCUUUGAUGCUGGAAAAUCAAUUGCUCCCAUGAUUGUCAUGUUUCUUCCAAGAAAUGUCGACAUAAAUCAAUUGGCCGAGUUAGCCUCAUCUGCUACACCUCCAUGGUCAUUAGAGGUAGAAAUGAACUACCUAAAUGGCAGAUUGAAAGCUGUUACAGCCUAUUUUAUGGAAGCCUCCGUUUCAAUAGCGUUAACUGGGUAAGUGUUCUGUUUGUUGUCUAAUGAUAAGCAACAAAAUGUUUGUGUAAUUUGGACUACUAUCAGGAAAUUACUUGUGCAAAUUCUUAUGUGCAUGAACAAAAACGUAGCAAUUAUUUUCGAUUUGGAUAGUUGGCUGUGGAUAUGUAAGAUUCAAAAUUUUAGUUUUGUUCACAAGGAAAAACAGGGUUUGGUAACGUCAAGUGAUUCCAAUCACCAGUACACCACGAUAGAGGUUUGUGAACGACUGCGAAAUCAAGUUGUGUUAGUAUGGACUGUCUCAGGCUUGUUUUGAACUUUUAUCCAUCAUGUCAAUCGACCUGUACAUAAAUGAGUUUUUGUAGCUUGAUAUUUUUGUAUGAUUUAUUUAUUGAAUUGAAUGGUCCAAUGUUAACAAAAAUCAUGAGUGAUAAAUUGUUG